AUGUCCUCUGAUUCAGAGUCAGUCAAGAAGUCGGAUAUAAAUAAUUUUGCCUAUCUUCCAUCAUCAAUAGUCCCAAAUCCUGUAUCGGGAACAAGGUCAGAGGGUUUAAGACCAGAAAAUUCAGAACAUAGUAUUAAGGGCAUUUCCAAAUAUCGAAUUAUGGGUGUCAAAGCUGAUGGAAUGUGA